UGCAAGUCCAGGCACUCAAAAAAAGCGUGUGUCGCACGCCACAGCGGUGAUCCGUAUUGCUCCGACAAAGUGAGCACAGCAAGAGCCGCCUGCAGCAUGGCGCCGCAGCACGCAUUACUGCUGGUCACACUGCUCACAGAUGCCCUACACCUCCCAAGACGACCAUUAGUCUUCGUCACGCCGCCCGGCUGGGCCGCGGCCGACCGCCGCGCCGACCUCGAACGCGUCGCGCGCGCCGCGGCGAAGGGCGGCGCGUCGCUGGUGCAGCUGCGCGACGCCGACGCGUCGAGGGACGAGUUGCAAUCCGCCGCCGCCGCCGUGCGAGACGCGUUGCAAGGUACGGACUGCUCCGUAGUAAUCAACGGCGUCGAACACCUGCCCGAGCGAAAGUGGCGAGCAGCAACAGAGCGACCAAAUGGCCCGCUGGGCUGCUCGGCGCAUUCGGUGGAGGCGGUCCUCGCGGCCGCCGCGUUGGGUGCGGACUACGUGCAGCUCGGCACCAUGUUCGCGACGCAGACGCACCCCGGAAAAAUACCCGAGGGGCCCGGCCUCGCGACCGAGUGCCGCCGCGCGCUCGACGAGCGAGAAGCGCCGCCUUUGUUGAUCGGCGUCGGCGGCGUCGACGCGACGAACGCUGCAAAACUCAUCGAGGCGGGCUGCGACGGCGUCGCGGUGAUUCGGGGUAUUUCGGAUGCGCGCGACCCGGAGGCCGCGGCGCGGGCCAUCUGCCGGGCGCUCGCCGGCGCCGGCACCCGUAUUUCGAAGGCCGCCCAAAAUACCAGAGCUGAGACGACCGCCCAAAAUGCGGCGGACGUGCGUGAGCUGAUGCGGACGCGGCUCUCCAUGACCGAGGCGGAGCUGGAUAGGAUGGUGCGGCGUCGGCCCUUGGGCGCCAGAGCGACAGCGGAGCCGAAGCUCGACUGGCUACAGACGCGCCUCGAACUAAGCGACGCGGGGCUGAAGAAGAUGGUUCUGAUGCAGCCGCAACUGCUGACGCAGAGCGUCGAGAAAAUGGAGUCGAAUUGUGACUGGCUACAGCGACGCCUCGACCUGGACGAUUCGGGACUGAAGAAGGUCGUGUUGGAGAAUCCGUCUCUACUGGCCUUCAGCGUCGAGGACAACAUGGCGCCGAAGCUCAACUGGCUACAGGAUCGUCUUAAUUUGGACGCGGCGCAGCUAAAGAAGGUGGUGCUAGGGCGCCCGUCAUUGCUGGGCUACAGCGUCGAGGACAACAUGGCGCCGAAGCUGGAUUGGCUGCAGACGCGCCUCGAACUGGACGCGGCGCAACUAAAGAAGCUUGUUGUGGCGCAGCCGACACUGCUGGGCUACAGCGUCGAUGCCAACAUGGCGCCGACACUCGACUGGCUGCAGACACGUCUGGACCUGGACGACGCGGGGCUGAGGAAAGUGGUUCUGGUGAAACCUCAACUGCUGAACUACAGCGUCGAGGACAACAUGGCGCCGACACUCGAGUGGCUCCAGACGCGUCUCGACCUGGAUGACGAACAGCUGAGAAAGGCGGUUCUGAGGCUUCCGCCGCUGCUGGGCUACAGCGUCGAGGACAACAUGGCGCCGAAGCUCGAGUGGCUACAGACGCGUCUCGAACUGGACGAGGCGCAGCUGAGGAAGAUGGUUUUGACGCUUCCGGCACUGCUAAGCUAUAGCGCCGAGACCAACAUGGCGCCGAAGCUCGCCUAUCUUGAGCGGGAAACCGGCCUCUCGCGUUCCGAGCUUCGCGAUCGCGUUCUGAUAUUUCCACAAAUUAUCAGCUACAGUCUAGAAAAGCGAUACCGCCCGCGCCUCGAGGCGUGCCGCGCGGCCGGCGUCGACGCGGAGUACGUCCUCACCUACGUCUCGAAAACGGACGAGAAAUUCUACGAGCUCCUCGAGAAGAAGAAGGACGCCGUCGGGGAAACAAUGUGA